AUUGUCGCCACUUUCCGGACAGCCUCCCGGACUUUACCCUCUAGAAAAUUGUACGGUGUUUCCGGCUCUUCUCAGUUGUAGACGCUCGUAAGUUUUCGGCAGUUUCCGGGAAAACUCGGGCACUCCGCGUCUAGCUCUGGCCCGAUCGUCCCGUGCGGUGGUGCAGGGUCUCGGGCUAGUCAUGGCGUCCCCGUCUCGGAGACUGCAGACCAAACCAGUCAUUACUUGUUUCAAGAGCGUCCUCCUGAUCUACACUUUCAUCUUCUGGAUCACUGGUGUUAUCCUUCUUGCCGUUGGCAUUUGGGGCAAGGUGAGCCUGGAGAAUUAUUUUUCCCUUUUAAAUGAGAAGGCCACCAAUGUCCCCUUCGUGCUGAUUGGCACUGGCACUGUCAUUAUUCUUUUGGGCACCUUUGGUUGUUUUGCUACCUGCCGAGCUUCUGCAUGGAUGCUAAAGCUGUAUGCAAUGUUUCUGACUCUCAUUUUUUUGGUUGAACUGGUCGCUGCCAUCGUAGGAUUUGUUUUCAGGCAUGAGAUUAAGAACAGUUUUAAGAAUAAUUAUGAGAAGGCUUUGAAGCAAUAUAAUUCUACAGGAGAUUAUAGAAGCGAUGCAGUAGACAAGAUCCAAAGUACGUUGCGUUGUUGUGGUGUCACCGAUUAUAGAGAUUGGAAAGAUACGAAUUAUUACUCAGAAAAAGGAUUUCCCAAGAGUUGCUGUAAACUUGAAGACUGUUCUCCGCAGAGAGAUGCAGAUAAAGUAAACAAUGAAGGUUGUUUUAUAAAGGUGAUGACCAUUAUAGAGUCAGAAAUGGGAGUAGUUGCAGGAAUUUCCUUUGGAGUUGCUUGCUUCCAGCUGAUUGGAAUCUUUCUAGCCUACUGCCUAUCUCGCGCCAUAACAAAUAACCAGUAUGAGAUAGUGUAACCAGCAUAUCUGCGGGCUUACUCCUCUCCAACUUUAAGGACACUUAGGUUUCCCCCUGUGAACUACCAGGUCGCCUGGAUGGAAGACGACAGUAUUUACUGAUAGACGGAAAAACUACACUAAUAGGCUGAUUCAAUCAAAAUAUUUGUUCAAUAUGUUUUAAGUCCACCUUCUGUCCCAUUCAUGUUAGAUCAUUGAAACUCUGAAUCAUUCGGAAACACUGGAAGAGCUAGUAAAUUGUAAAUGGACUAAUACUGUGUUCCUCUUGACUUUUAUUUUUCUCAGUGUGGAGCCUUUGAAAGGCACUGUGAAUUUGCUAUUUUGAUGUUGUGUCACAAGAUGGAAAAUUGAUCCCUCUGAAUUUUCUAUUGAUGUAGUGUGAUAGAAAAUUAACCUCUCUGAACUGGCUCCUUCCCAGCCAAGGUUAUCUGGUUUGAUUGUAUAAUUUGCACCAAGAAGUUAAAAUGUUUUAUUGGUUUCUGUUCUGCUGACGAGCAAAGAGUCACAUUGUAUAAUUUAAUUCCAGUCAGUCAUUGGAUGGCACCCAUCAUCAGAGUUGCCUGAUGGUGGUAACAGUCUGAGGCCUCAGGUCUCAGGCACCCAAGACUAUAACGGACUACCGAAGUCCUGUGAUACAUUAGGUUUCAGCACACAAUUUACAUUUCUUUGCCUCCAAAUUAAGGUGUUUAUACCGAUGUUUAUAUUUUCCCUAUUGUUUGAAAGGUUCUAAUUAUUACUUUAAUGGUGUCGGAAUUAUUGUAUUUUUCUUAGGAAUUUAAUGGAACUUAUCUUCAUUAGCUUUAGCUGGUAUUUCCUUACCACGUUGAUAUGACAUAAUUGUCAAUGUUAUGGCCAACUGUAAUAGUCUUAGUUUUGGUUUGUGCCCUUGAUUAAUAAAUAUA